GUGUGAGGGAGAAGGACAGAUAAGUAAUUUACAAUAAGGUGAGAAGUCUUAGUCUCAGCUCCUCCCUUUUCCUUGUUCUUGGCCCAAUCAGACAGGAUUAUAGAUCUUUUAUGCCAAGGAUCUCCCAUGUCAUGUGUGUAAGAAUUAGAUGAAGCAGAGACCAGCAGAUAAGGGAAAAAGAUAAACUUUAUAGUGAAGACACAGAAAGGAAAGAGAAGACAGGAGAAGAGAAGUAGUAUGAAGAAGACUGGGUCGAAACAGGAAUGAAGUUUCCCCCUGCUCUUCAGAGUAAAUCUCUGUUAGAUAUGGAAGUAGCCAAUUACUGUGAAGGCCUGGACCCAUCAUACAGCACACUGGGCUUUGAGAAUGCAGAGGUACUAUAUGGAGGAGGAGACAACAUGCCGACAGAGCCGAGCCUACCUGGUGCAGAUGGGGUCAUCAGUAACUGUGCUAUCUGUGGAGACAAAGCCACAGGGAAACACUACGGAGCCUCUAGCUGUGAUGGCUGUAAAGGUUUCUUCAGACGCUCCAUACGCAAGAGCCACGUCUACACCUGCAGGUUCAGCAGACAGUGCAUUGUAGAUAAAGAUAAGAGGAACCAGUGUCGUUUCUGCAGACUCAACAAAUGCUUCAGAGCUGGCAUGAAAAAAGAAGCUGUACAAAAUGAGAGAGAUCGGAUCAGCUCAAGAAGAAGCAUUCCUGACUCCCAAGAUGUGCCACCCAUCACUAUUUUGGCCCAAGCAGAAUCACUGUCCCAACAGAUCAAUGUAACAGUGGGAAUACCAGACGUAACAGAGCAGAAAUCUGCUACUGUUGGAGAUGUAUGUGAUUCUAUGAGACAACAGUUACUGGUGUUGGUGGAAUGGGCUAAAUACAUUCCUGCUUUUGGAGAACUACCACUGGAUGACCAGGUGAGCUUGCUCAGGGCUCAUGCAGGUGAGCACCUUUUGCUUGGGGUCGCCAAAAGGUCAAUGCAAUUCAAGGACUUCCUGCUUUUAGGUAAUGGCUGUGUGAUUCACAGAAACAGUACUGAAUCAGAGAUCUGCCGUGUAGCCAAUCGAGUGUUGGAUGAGUUGGUCCAGCCCUUCCAGGAUAUUCAAAUAGAUGAAAAUGAGUAUGCAGCGCUCAAAGCCAUUAUCUUCUUUGACCCAGAUGCAAAGUCUUUGCGGGAUCCUUCGAAGAUCAAGGCCAUGCGUCUGCAGGUCCAGAUGAGUCUGGAAGACUACAUUAAUGACCGUCAGUAUGACUCCCGGGGUCGUUUUGGAGAGCUGUUACUCCUGCUGCCCACCCUGCAGAGCAUCACCUGGCAGAUGAUCGAACAGCUUCAGUUCAUUAAGCUCUGCGGCCUGGCCAAGAUAGACAACCUGCUGCAUGAGAUGCUGCUGGGAGGCUUAACAUCAGAGGUCUCACACCUGCACCAUCCAGCACACACCCAACUGGCUCAGGACCCUGUGACUGGACACACUCUGGUCAUCAGCAGCAUGCCUAUUACACACACUCCACAGAUAGCAUCUCCAGACACUCCGAUCCCAUCGCCCCCGCCAGGUGCUGCCCCGGAAAUGUACAAACAGUUUUCCCAGCCUCAUGGUCCUCCAGCUAGCCCCUCGUCCUCCACACAGACAGACCCCUGACUUCUCUCUGCACUCAAAAAAACUGCUUUCAUAGGAUCAGCUUCCUGGCCCCCCUAAUCAUCAUCAGAGUCAUGGCAUAAAAAUUAUGAAAGCAGUCCCUGUUCAGUGUCUGUGGUUAGACUUUUCCUUGCUUUUUUCCCUUGUGACUUCUGGUGGUGUUGCAACAAUAACUUAGACAUAAUUAAAUCGGCUACAUGUAGCAAUUCCAAACUUUAGAGCGUCAUUUUCAAAUUAAGUGGACAAAUGGAACAACACACAAGGGUUUAAAAAAACAAGCUGAACAUUUUUGUGGUCACCUAAAACUAAUAGAUUGGUUUUCAACUUAGUAUCCUCUCAUUCUCAGUUUUUAAAAAUAACAUCUCAAACCCUUGCAUUGUAAUGAAUUGUAUAUUUUAUUCCAAUGCUAUUAGAAAUGAGCAGUAAGGACCUUCAGUCAUUGUGUACAGUUUAUUAAUGGUGUAUAUCAAAGUUCUGAUCAUAUGCAAAUGCACAAAGUACUGUUUAAAUGUAAAUAAAGUUGCAGAAGCAACAACAAUGGAAACCAUAAGGCUCACUGUCAAAACAACACAACUGGCCAUCAAUUGUUUUUGUACUGUAGUAUGCAUCACAAGAGAGAGAAAUAUAUAUGCAAACUGGUCUAAGAUCAGUUAUUUUGUUCUAAAUGAACUUCAGAAAUGUUUCAGAUCUCAGCAACCCUAACCCUAAACUCAUAAAAAAAGACAAAAAGAAAACUUUUCAAACAUGGAGUUGUAUAAAGAAAGAAUGUGGACAAACUGUAAUAUUUUAAAAGUUUCUGUAUAUAGUAAAAAUGGAUCAUUCAUGUUUGGAUUAUCAAUUUAAAUUAUCCUGUUUUAUGGAAUAUCUUGAAUCAGCUAUGCAUUUUUAUUUUGGUUUGUGUUGAUAUUGAAUGUUCAGCACCAAUGUGGUGGUUUUUUUUUUAAAUUUAUACUGAUUAAAAUUUUUGAAUACC